UUUGCGCCAUGCCCAGGAAAAAAAAAAGAAAAAGAAAAAGAAAAAGAAAAGGAAAAAUAGUGUAGAUGUGAAGAGUAAACAGUCUAGGAAAACUGGCAUUACUACCGGCCAUAGUUAGAGAGGAGUUCAGCUCUGGGGCAAGUGUUUUUAAGUGUUUAUUUCGGUUCUUGUACAAAAGGGUUGGUGGUGCACAUAGGAUUUGGUAUCUUGGUUUAAUUCUUUGCUACAAGGGAAGAAUUUGGCAAAACUCUAGGCACGAGAAAGGCACGACUGUUUCAGCUUAAGUUUCUGAUUGAUGGAAUGUUAGUGCAUCCAGAUCUGGGAACUCUUUCUUGCUUUGCUUAAAGCAAGUACCUAAAUCCACCUGUAAUUUGCUCUAAGUAGUAUGCCUACUGUUUCUUGUACAACUUGGAUAGCUGUUGACUUAAGUCUUUUGAGUUGUGACAUCUCCAAUCUUGUAUCUUUCUCAUCCUUCACUCACACGAGCAACGACCUAAUCUUGGUAUGAGUGUGUGACAUGGUUUAUUAAUUUGUAUCAAGGUGUUGUCAGUUUUGGUUUUCAUUAUUGGACUGUGUGCUUUACAAAACUUUGGAGCUUCUCCCCUCCUUUGAUCAUUUUGGGAACUGGAUGAUUGAACUAAAGAGUUGUUGACUUUGCAAGUUUGGAGAGUUUUGUGCUCUGUAUUGUUAGUUGUAAUCCGGAGAAUAGAUGGAAGAGAUGUCUCCAGCAGUUGCAGUUCCACUUAGUUUAGGUAGUCCUAUGUGUGAGAAUGCUGGAAUCUCGAAUCAUAUGGAAAUCACACGACUCAAAAUAGUGACAGACACUGCCAUGUUGCUUUCAGAUCCAGCAUCACUGUUGCAUGCAGAUUCAAGUACUAAUUGGGACGGCAGUUGCAAUGGGAUAGGUACAGAAGGUAGUAAGGAUAAGUCGGUAUCACCUAUAGACAAUGGGGGGGUAUCUAAAAUGUUGCAGAAAACUCAAAACAAUGAGAUUGUAGGAGAUGCAAUAAUGCAAGAAAGCAAAGAGGAUGAGGUAUUACUGGUUAGAGAUGACCGGAAUGGAAUUAAUGGCAUGGAGUUGCUUCCCCUGGAGCCGACUUCAGAAAUGAGCUUACCAAUUGCUGUUCAGAUUGAGGGCAUCAACAAUGGUCAAAUACUUGCUAAGGUAAUCAGUUUGGAAGAAAGAAGUUUUGAAAGGAAGGUGAGUGAGGACAAUUUAACUACUGCUGCUCAAUUGAAUGAAGAAAACUCAAGUGUACCCACACUCAAGGCAUCUGUAGUGGCUCUUCAGUUGCCCAACGAGAAAGAUCCAGUAAAAGGCGGUAUGAAGAGUGUUUUUGAAUUAGAAUGUGUGCCACUAUGGGGUUCCGUGUCAAUUUGUGGACAGAGGCCGGAAAUUGAAGAUGCCAUUAUGGUUGUGCCACAUUUCAUGAGAAUUCCUAUUAAGAUGUUCAUUGGUGACCGAGUCGGGGAUGGUAUAAGCCAAACGUUGAGUCACUUGACGUCUCACUUUUUUGGAGUAUAUGAUGGUCACGGAGGAUCUCAGGUAGCAAAUUACUGCCGUGAUAGGAUCCAUAUGGCAUUGGGCGAUGAGCUAAAAGAUAUAACAGAUGACUUGGUGAAGGAAAGCCUGAUAGACACUCGACAAAUGCAGUGGGAGAAGGUCUUUACUACUUGCUUUCUAAAGGUUGAUGAUGAAGUAGGGGGAAAAGUUAGCCGAAAUACGUCUCCUGAAAAUGUAGAUUCCUCCAAUUAUGCAUCUGAACCUGUUGCACCUGAAACUGUUGGGUCUACUGCAGUGGUGGCCAUUCUAUGUUCAUCCCAUAUUAUAGUUGCAAAUUGUGGGGAUUCCAGGGCAGUUCUUUAUCGUGGCAAAGAAGCUGUAGUACUGUCAAUUGACCAUAAACCAAACCGAGAAGAUGAAUAUGCUAGAAUUGAAGCAUCUGGUGGCAAAGUCAUACAGUGGAAUGGUCACCGUGUAUUCGGUGUUCUUGCAAUGUCUAGAUCCAUCGGUGAUAGAUACCUUAAACCGUGGAUCAUACCAACCCCAGAGGUCAUGUUUCUACCCCGUGCAAGGGAGGAUGAAUGUCUUGUUUUAGCAAGUGAUGGCUUGUGGGAUGUCAUGACGAAUGAAGAAGCAUGUGAAGUUGCUAGGAGACGAAUUUUGCUUUGGCACAAGAAGAACGGAACUAACCCUCUUCCAGAAAGGGGACGAGGAGUUGAUCCUGCAGCACAAGCGGCAGCGGAGUACCUUUCCAUGCUUGCUCUUCAAAAGGGGAGCAAGGAUGAUAUUUCAGUGAUUGUCAUAGACUUGAAAGCUCGACGGAAGGGUAGGCAGUAUGUAUCAUAGCAACGUCAAGAAAUGACUUUAAAUCUCAUCUCCAAAUGUUUUGUUAUGCACCAGCUUCAAUAAGUUAGCGUAGCUGUGUAAGUGCACUUCUCCUCAAUGUGCUUGAAUUUGAAUACAACCGUACAAGUCAACUUUUUAACUUAUUUGCUUGAGUCAUGUCGUGAGAUGAGAGUUAGCGUUUUAAUUUACCAGUAAAAGAUUUUGUCUGGUGCUCA